GUUUGGCAACCAAAUACCUCCAACCCCCUCCCCCCAUCUCCCUCUAUAUAUAUCGACCCCACUCCUCAUCGGACUCCAUAUCUCCAACUUUCUCAUAUACUUACUCGUCAACUUUACUCGUACAACAAUUGUAACCAUAUACAUAUACAUAAACAACAAGCAAAUGGCUUCUUCUUCUUCUUCUUCUUCUUUUAGACCCAUUAUUGUAAUUGUAACGUUAACGUUUCUUGUAUUCUUCAUGGGCGCCUCCCAUGCUCAGCUCUCUAAAAACUUCUACGCUAAAACUUGUCCUCAAGCCCUCGCCGCUGUUAAGUAUGUUGUUCGAGCUGCCGUCGCCAAAGAGCUCCGCAUGGGCGCCUCUCUACUUCGCAUGCACUUUCACGACUGUUUUGUCAAUGGUUGUGAUGCAUCGGUCCUCUUAGAUGACACUCCUACAUUUAUUGGAGAAAAAACUGCACUUCCUAAUAACAAUUCUUUAAGAGGAUUUGAAGUUGUUGAUGCUAUCAAAGCUAAGGUGGAGAAAUUGUGUCCUGGAGUUGUUUCAUGUGCUGAUAUUUUAACUAUAGCAGCUCGUGAUUCUGUUGAACUUCUUGGAGGGCCUAGUUGGACAGUUAAAUUAGGAAGAAGGGAUGCCAAGACAACUAGCCUUGCCGCUGCCAACAGUGGUGUCAUUCCUCCUCCAACAGCUACACUUGACCAACUUAUCACAAGAUUUCGAGCUCAAGGUCUCUCUCCUAGAGACUUGGUUGCAUUAUCUGGUGCGCAUACAAUUGGAAAGAUAAGAUGUUUGCUUUUUAGGGAUCGUAUAUAUAAUGAGACCAACAUCGAUCCAUUAUUUGCCAAGAUUAGACAAAAGACUUGUCCGAGAACUGUCGGAGUGGGAGAUGAUAAUUUAGCACCUUUUGACUUCAAAACUCCUACUACUUUUGAUAACCAAUAUUAUAAGAAUCUUUUGAACCAGAAGGGUCUUCUUCACUCUGAUCAAAUACUAUUUAAUGGUGACUCUGCAGAUUCUUUAGUUAAAAAGUACAGCAACAAUCCUAAUAUCUUUAUUUCUGAUUUUGUCAAGGCAAUGAUAAGGAUGGGAGAUAACAAACCACUUACCGGAUCAAAUGGUGAGAUUAGGAAAAAUUGUAGGAGGCCUAAUUAAGUAAUUUAUUAUUAUUUCUCUCUAUUUGCAAUAAAGUGAAAACUAUUGUUGAACUAAAAUAUGUAAUAUACUUUUCAUUUGGUUUCUUUCAAAAUUCUAAAUUGUAUUUAAUAAUUUUAAGGCGUUCAUUAUUUCAAGUGUGGUAUUGUAAUUUAAUUAUAAACUGUAAUAUACU